AUGCCCAACCCCAAAAGCAGUAAAGGCGGCCGCAAGAACAAACGCGCCAACAGCAGCGGGGACGAGCAGGAAAAUGGAGCUGGGGCCCUGGCGGCGGCGGCAGCGGCUGCCGGCGCAGCGGGCGGGGGAGCCUUGGCCGCGGUUGCGGGCUCGGGAGCGGCGGUGGGAGCGGCGGCGAUGGGAGCUGGAGCGGGAGCGGCUGGGGCCGGAGGAGCGGCGGCAGGCGCGAGCGCAGGAGCGGCGGCAGCUGCGGCCGUGGCCGCUUCGAGCGACACCAAGAGCGAAGCACCUUGUGCCACGCCACUCAUCUGCAGCUUUGGAAGGCCAGUUGAUCUGGACAAGGAUGAUUACCAGAAGGUGGUCUGCAACAAUGAGCACUGCCCCUACAGCACCUGGAUGCAUCUUCAGUGUUUUUAUGAAUGGGAAAGCAGCAUCCUGGUCCAGUUUAACUGCAUUGGCCGAGCUCGGAGCUGGAAUGAAAAGCAGUGUCGCCAGAACAUGUGGACCAAGAAGGGCUAUGACCUCGCCUUUCGCUUCUGCUCCUGCCGCUGUGGACAGGGCCACUUGAAGAAAGAUACAGACUGGUACCAGGUGAAGCGGAUGCAGGAUGAGAAAAAGAAGAAGUCCAUGUUAGAGAAGAGCAGUGGGAGGCCAAUGGCAGAGACUGGGGAGGAAGUAAAAAAGUGUAGGCCUCUUAACAAGGCCCAGAAAGGCCUGAGUCAUGACCUCCCACGGCGACAUUCCAUGGACAGGCAGAACUCCCAGGAGAAAGGGGUCAAUGCGGGAGGCUAUGGAGUACGCUCCCCCUGUGGCUCUCCUGGCCAGUCUCCCCCUACAGGGUACUCCAUUCUCUCUCCUGCCCAUUUCAGUGGACCUCGAUCCUCAAGAUACCUUGGGGAAUUUUUAAAGAAUGCCAUUCACUUGGAGCCACAUAAAAAGAAUAUGGCUGGCGGAGGCAUGUUCCGAAAUGCUCACUUUGACUAUGGGGCAGCUGGCUUGCCAGCACAUAGGGGUGGGCACUUUGAUGCUCCAGUGCAAUUUCUGAGGCGGCUUGACCUUUCAGAGCUCCUGACUCACAUCCCCAGGCACAAGCUGAACACUUUCCACGUAAGGAUGGAAGAUGAUGCCCAAGUAGGCCAAGGGGAGGAUCUACGGAAAUUCAUUCUUGCUGCCCUUAGUGCCAGCCACAGAAAUGUUGUAAACUGUGCCCUUUGCCACCGGGCCCUUCCGGUAUUUGAACAGUUCCCUCUAGUGGAUGGAACCCUGUUCUUAAGCCCAUCAAGACAUGAUGAAAUUGAAUAUGAUGUUCCCUGUCACCUUCAAGGGAGGCUUAUGCAUCUGUACGCUGUGUGCGUAGACUGCUUAGAAGGGGUUCAUAAAAUAAUCUGCAUUAAGUGUAAGUCUCGAUGGGAUGGAAGCUGGCACCAAUUGGGCACCAUGUAUACCUAUGACAUUUUGGCAGCCUCUCCAUGUUGUCAGGCCCGACUGAACUGUAAGCACUGUGGAAAGCCAGUCAUAGAUGUACGGAUUGGAAUGCAGUAUUUCUCAGAAUACAGCAAUGUCCAGCAGUGCCCACAUUGUGGGAACCUAGACUACCACUUCGUGAAGCCAUUUUCUUCUUUUAAAGUUCUGGAGGCUUAUUGACGAAAGCUUUGCUUUAGUAAUAGCUAUUUUAUGGGUAUUACUACUUUAUUACAUA